UUGGUGACGUAAAAGAGCCCCGUAGACGCGCGUGAAAAUGCUCUUCUAUUCGUUCUUCAAGUCCCUGGUGGGCAAAGACGUAGUUGUGGAACUCAAAAAUGACUUGAGCAUAUGUGGGACCUUACAUUCAGUAGACCAGUAUCUUAAUAUCAAGCUCACAGAUAUCAGCGUCACUGACCCAGAGAAAUAUCCACACAUGCUGUCGGUGAAGAACUGCUUCAUCCGUGGCUCUGUGGUGCGGUACGUCCAGCUCCCUGCAGAUGAAGUCGACACACAACUCUUGCAGGACGCUGCUCGCAAGGAGGCCAUGCAGCAGAAACAGUAAUGACGCGUUUUGAGUUUGACACUGCUUUGGUUGGACUGGUGAAUGGUUAAGAAAAUCAGAACCAUCGUGGGAGCCUCAUUGGUUCAACAAGAUCUUUCUUAAUAUGUGAAGUCAUUUCAAAUGUUGUAAGCCCUAAAGGAAGACUUUUGUUUUUGUUGUUAAAGUAGUUCUGCUCCUUUUCUAUAGAUUUGACAAUAUAACUGUAUUAGUUGGCAAAUGGAAAAAGGCAUACGCCACAAAUGAGCACUAGUCAGUUUUGCAAUGUUAUUUUGUUUUUGUUUUUUUUGUGAUGAAGGCGACUUAUAAUUCUGAACUGCACCCACACAUUUAUUUGGUCUUAUUGAAUGUGGGUAGUAAGUUGUACAUUGCUCUGUGUACCUUUGUGUUUGCAACAAUGUGGAAAACCCCAAAAGUGUUGGCUUAUGUCACUUUUAAGUGAUUAUUUAAAGUUAUCAACUUGUUUUCAGGGCUAGUUUUGCCACAAACCUGUCGUCCAAAACUGAUCUGCCCCAGAUGUAGAUAUUUGCAAGCGCAGCUUUGACAAGCAAGGUGAAUUGGCACUGUAAAUUUCAGAAAUUUUGAAUUAUGGUUUUCAUUUUGUACUCGCUUUUCAUGACUGUUUGUGGUAUCAUGAAAUGUCAAAAGAAGAAGCCUUCUGAUGUCUUUCUGUUAAGAUGCUGUGCAAUUGAUUUAUUUUUCAACCAAAAAAAGCAGCGUUCAGAAUAUUGUUGUUACUGAGGAAGCUCAUUUAUAAACUUUUUUUUUUUUUUUUUCAAAAAGAAAUGUGUGAUUGAUUGUUUCAGUUAAUAUCAGGAAAUGUUGGCCACUGUAAUUUUUUAAAAAUGAUUUUGGUAUUUCAUUGAAUAAAACACCUUAAAAUGGU